AUGGGUCUAGUAAUUAGAGAAGUGUCUGCUCAGGCAUUGGCCAGUAAACACCGGAAGACGGUAGUGUUAACAUCGCGAAACAUUCGGUUUCUAGCGUCACUGGGGUUCAAAUAUGGCGCAACAACUCUGAAAAACAACGACGAAAUCAGAAUUCCGAUAAGUCAACAGGAUAUAAUUACGGCGCCGUUCGAAAGCAGUAUACACAUCACUAGUAAAGUGAGUGCCAAGAAAGCUGACGGGAGUGAGGCCAGUAUCUCACUAAUAAACAAUGCCAUCGCAUUUUUAUUCGACGAUGUAAGGUACGAGAUAGGCGGAAUAGAGGUUGACAGGACGAAAAAUGUAGGUAUAACGAGUACUAUAAAAGGACUACUCUCCAUUAGGGAUAAAGAACAAAAGUGUCUCGUAAACGCGUGCUGGCUCGGUCCCAAUAAGACCAGUGAGGCCGGUGAUUUUACAUAUUCAGUGCCUCUGAAACUUUUGAUAGGUUUUGCCGAGGAUUACAAGAGAAUUGUUGCGAAUGUUAAGCAAGAGCUAGUUCUCUUGCGGUCGGCUAUGGAUAUUAACGCAGUUAUCUCACCGGACGCGUCAAACCUCGACUUUCAGAUUACAUCGCUCGAGUGGCGUGUACCACAUGUUACAGUGUCAGAUUAA